AUGCUGGGAAAGUUAAGUUGCACUGAGAAGGAAGAUCCCAAGUUAAGUUCCACUGAGAAGGAAGAUCCCAAGUUAAGUUCCACUGAGAAGGAAGAUCCCAAGUUAAGUUCCACUGAGAAGGAAGAUCCCAAGUUAAGUUCCACUGAGAAGGAAGAUCCCAGGUUAAGUUCCACUGAGAAGGAAGAUCCCAUUGGGGUGUACUGGAACUGUGGUGAAAUUAUUGUACUAAGACCACCAGAGACCAUUGUACCAAGAGAGAAACCACCAGAGACCAUUGUACCAAGAGAGAAACCACCAGAGACCAUUGUACCAAGACAGAAACCAUCAGAGACCAUUGUACCAAGACAGAAACCAUCAGAGACCAUUGUACCAAGACAGGAACCACCAGAGACCAUUGUACCAAGAGAGAAACCACCAGAGACCAUUGUACCAAGACAGAAACCAUCAGAGACCAUUGUACCAAGACAGAACUCCACAAGAGACCAUUGUAUCAAGGUAGAAACCACCAGAGACCAUUGUAUCAAGACAGAAACCAUCAGAGACCAUUGUACCAAGACAGAACCCACAAGAGACCAUUAG